AUGCAUCUACGUUCCUUCUUGUCCUUUCUUUUUAUGACCUAUGGUCUCGCCUCUGGAUCCAACUCUCAUGAAUCUGCAUGGAAUGGACAUGUUUCUCCGGGUUCGGACGUUCCUGGCCGUUUCUAUCCAUAUUACGUCCCGCCUGGUGCAAAAAGCUAUGAUUCGUCUUCUCCACUGAUCCGCUACUCUGGUCACUGGAUGGACUCUUAUUCUGUACAGUUCGUCGACAGGACACUCCGCUGGACGUCUGCACCUCGUGCAUCGGCAAGCCUGACCUUUACUGGCACUGGUAUUGAGUGGUUCGGAAACAUGGAUCGCAUGCACGGUGUAGCUCGCGUUUACAUUGAUGGCAAGAGAGAUAGAGAUGUCAAUGCCUGGAGCCGAUCUUCUCACAAGCAACAGCGACUCUACUGGAAGUUUGGCCUACCUAAUGGAAAGCAUACCAUCAAAAUAGUGAAUACCGCACAUGGCCAUGGCAGACGCGGUCAUGCCGUCAUUGAUGUUGAUGCUUUUGUUGUAACCCAAGGCCCUGGGCCCCAGACCAAGCAAGAAGCCUUUGUAAUGAAUACCCUCGAGCGUCCAUCUGGAUCGUCAACCGAAGGAUCCUCAUGGCGCAUGACACAACAAGGGUCUACUGGAGUUGCAGCAAUGCAGCUUGCCAUCAUCUCAAGUUCUCACGCGCUAAUCAUCGAUAAAGUCGAGCAUAAUCCUUUGACAGUCGACGGCCAUCCAGCUUGGGCUGCCUUGUACAACCUUAAGACGCACGCAGUCCGACCGCUUCGAGUAGGAUCUAACUCCUUCUGUGCUGGGGGCUCUUUCCUUGGCAAUGGAACUUUGGUAAACGUCGGUGGCAAUCCUGUUGUUGAGGAUCAUACAUCAGCUGCAGACUUUGGUGACGUGGAUGGACUCCAAGCUAUCAGACUUUUCCAUCCUUGUCUAUCUGAGUCGGCGGGAGAGUGCGAAAUCUACGAAGAUCACGCUCGUGUCCGCAUGACCAGCCCUCGGUGGUAUCCUACGGUCUUGCGCAUUUCUGAUGGCAGCGCUAUGGUUAUCGGUGGGUCCAAGAAAGGCGGGUGGAUCAACAAUGCAACCGUCAAUAACCCAACCGUUGAGUACUGGCCCCCAAAAUCGAUUCACGGUUCGAAGGGAUUAUCGAUCCCCCUUCCUUUCCUCAUGGACACGCUGAAUUCCAAUCUGUUCCCCAUCGCUUUCGCUCUGCCAGACGAUAGGAUCUUCAUGGCAGCUAACCGUGACGCAAUGAUCUAUAGUUGGAGAGACAACAAAGAACAAAGGCUACCUCAGCUACCUAACGGUGUCCGGAUAACCUACCCCAUGGCAGGCACCAGCUUACUCUUGCCACUGUCUCCUUCCAACGAUUACACGCCUGAGGUUCUCCUUUGCGGUGGCUCCACCAUCGAUGACCAGAAAGCCAGCUACGAGAUCUCUUCUCAAGACUCUGCGUCAAACCAAUGCUCGCGAAUGGUUCUUUCUGACGAUGGGAUUGCCGCAGGGUGGGAAGUCGAAUUACUGCCCGAAGCCCGUGUCAUGCCCGACGCUGUCCUGCUUCCCACAGGACAAAUACUGAUCGUUAAUGGUGGAGGGACUGGUAUGGCAGGAUACGGCAAUGUCAUCGACAGAGUCGGCCAGUCUAACGCUGAUAAUCCUAUCCUCAGCCCUGUCCUUUACGAUCCGGCAGCGCCCAAGGGGCAGAGGUUCUCCUCUGCCGGUAUGCCCUCGAGUCUGAUCCCGAGGUUGUAUCACUCUGUGGCUACGCUGACUCCCAGUGGCGACAUCAUGAUUGCUGGAAGCAAUCCUAACCUCGACAGGAGUGAAAUCGCGUAUGGCACCGAGUAUCGAGUUGAGUGGAUCGCACCUCCUUACAUGUCACAAGCCCGCCCACGUAUCAUGAACCAUCCCGCUAAGCUUGAUUUUGGGGUGCACAUUGAGCUAGGGCUGCAGCUAGCCGUAGGCACUGGGCAGGCAAUUGAAGUGGCGCUAAUGGACCUGGGAUUUGUCACGCAUGGCGUACACGCUAACUCUCGCCUUGUCCGUCUGACUGCAAGUCUGCAGAAUGACGGGAAGACGUUAACCGUGAUAGGGCCUCCGAAUGCCAAAGUCUACCCUCCAGGACCUGGCUUUAUCUAUGUUCUGGUAGAUGGUGUGCCCAGCGCCGGGGUUCAGAUUAUGGUUGGAGACGGUACUGGGCCAGAAGUUGACCACGAGGCUUGGGAUAAUUUAUUGAGGAAGACCGCUGUGGAUCAAUACGAGGCUUCGAGAAAACAUACUGGAAAGAGGAAACAAGACUAACC